CCGGAUUUUCCAUUUUCUUCCCAAUUAUUUCUCUCUCUGAAUUUUGUUACUACUUUUUUCCCUCUCUAGAAGAAGCAAGAGAGAGAAGGGAUCGGAACUCCGCCGCCGGCGCUCACCGGGAAAUUCAGAGCCGCCGGUCGGAGAAAUGCGGAUGUUCUGAGGAGGAGGAGGAAGAAGAAGCCGGCGCAGAUUGCUCCGAGCGGGAAUUCAUCAUCGGAUGUGUAUAUAAAUUCAUGGAAUUCAUGCGGAUAACGUGCAAUGCUGGAAAAAUCAGAGGAGAGAGAAAGGAAUCGAAGGUUUGGAGGUUCUUGCACGGCACAGAAACCUAGAUCUCUUGUUCAAUCUCCCAUCCUUGCUGCCUUGCCUUUUGCCGUAAUUUAUUCUAAUUUUUCUCUCCCUUAAUUUCUUAAGCCUCACUCCGUUUUGUCUUCCUAUAUAAUCUCCUGUGCUAUUGCAUCUCCCUCUCUCUAUCUGUACAUUUUUCUCUCUUCUGAUUCUUCUUCUUCUUCCUUCAAUCCUCUGGUUUUUGGUGCCCUCGGGGUUGGAACUCAAAUUGCAGAAAGAUUGUCUUAUACGUGCUCUGGUGGGAUCUAAAGGUGCAACUCUCUCAUCGUUUCUGUAGUGCCUUCUAGAUCCAAUUUGCAUAAUGCCAUUCCAGAUGAUGGAUCCUCACAGUUUAUCUCCAAGGUCCUUCUUCUCGGAGGAGUUAUGCUUUCACAAUGAGAAGCCGGUUUCAAUUUGGAAGUCGGAUAUCCUACCCAAUUACAAUGGUGUGAGAAUGGAAGAAACAUUCAGAGGAGGUGGUUCUUCACCCCAUGUGAACCAGUUUUCCAUCGGUUCUCAGAUGGCUAAGGGAUUUGAUCUUCCUGAUUCUAAAAUAAGCAAAGAGCAGAAAGCAAACUCUAUCAUACAGAAGCAUGCAAUUGGACCACCAAAAGUUGCCAGCUAUUCUUUGCCAAGAACUCUUAAUAGUGAUAUAGGCACACAAUCUAGUUUGAAUACAGAAUCUGCAUUUUACUCAUUGGAAGGUGACAAAGUUAACUCAAUGGGGACUCAACAUGAGAAUGGUCUUUUUUCUAGCUCAUUAUCAGAGUUGUUUAGUAAAAACUUGCAAGAAAUAAUGAACAGUUUUCCUCAUGGAAACUCUGUUGGUGUAGCAGCUGCCUCACACUAUCAGGACGAGGAACCUUUAGAAUCCCUUGAAGAACUUGAGGCUCAAACCAUUGGGAAUCUUCUCCCCGAUGAUGAUGACUUGCUCUCUGGAGUUACAGAUGGGAUCGAUUGUGUUCACCAAACCACGGAUGAUAUAGAGGAUCUAGACCUGUUUAGCAGUGUUGGAGGGAUGGACCUUGGUGAAGAUGGUUCCCAUCGAAUCGGUGGAACCCCAUCUAGCAUGGGAGGCAGUGGGACAAAUAUUGCUGUGAAGUUAGCAGGUGGAUCUUCUUGUACCAAGUAUAUGGACAAAACCAUCACCCAUGGGAUAUCAAUGAAUGGUCAUAACAGCCACUUGCAUGGUCAAAUGAACACUGAGUUUAAGGGCACGCCGAAUUGCCAUCCUCAUUCUCUUCCCAAAUAUCAUGACGGUGGUUUAACCAAUUUAACUCCUUCCAAUUCUCCAGGGGGCAUUGCCUCCACAAAUAUGGAUAGCAGGCAGUAUAGUAGACUGGGCUCAAAUGGGCAUUCAGUUGAUUUGAACGAAACCGUUUUUGGUCCCUCCGGAAAUGGUGGGUGUCCAUCACCCGGGAAUCCAUAUGCAUGGAGUAGUUCACCCCAGCGACAGGCUCAAAGGAUGAUGUGGCCAAACUCACCUUCUUUUGUUAGUGGAUUUAGUGCUGCACGCCACCCGCAACUGCAUGGAGCACCAUCUCAUAUGCUGAGUGGGCGGGUUGUACCAGUGAACCACCACCAUGUGGGAUCCGCUCCAUCUCUCAAUCCUUCUCUCUGGGAUAGAAGGAAUGCAUAUGCGGGGGAAUCUCCUGAUGCACCGGUCUUCCACCCAGGUUCUCUUGGUAGUUUGCAUAUUUCUCGCAACUCACCGCAACCAUCUUUAGAGUUUGUUCCUCAUCAUAAUAUCUUCUCCACGGGAGGUGGAAAUUGUAUGGAUUUGCACAUGCCUUCCAAAAAUGUUGUUGGGUUGCACUCACCUCAUCAGAGGUGUAUGAUGUUUCCUUCAAGAGGCCAAAUGAUUCCUUUGAUGAAUACAUUUGAUUCUCCCAAUGGAAGGUCAAGAUGCAGGAGAAGUGAAGGCACUUUGAGUCAAAUGGACAACAAGAAACAGUUUGAGCUUGACAUUGACCGAAUUGUGCGAGGGGAAGAUAAGAGGACAACAUUAAUGCUAAAGAACAUUCCUAACAAGUACACCUCAAAGAUGCUUCUGGCCGCAAUUGAUGAACGCCACAGAGGGAGUUAUGAUUUUAUCUAUUUACCUAUUGAUUUUAAGAACAAAUGCAAUGUCGGUUAUGCAUUUAUCAAUAUGACUGAUCCUUCCAUGAUCAUCCCAUUUCAUCAAUCAUUUAACGGAAAGAAGUGGGAGAAAUUCAAUAGUGAAAAGGUGGCAUCACUUGCAUAUGCCCGCAUCCAGGGAAAAGCUGCCCUAAUUGCUCACUUCCAGAACUCUAGCUUGAUGAAUGAAGAUAAGCGAUGUCGGCCCAUACUUUUCCAUACUGAUGGCCCCAAUGCUGGUGAUCAGGUGCCCUUCCCCCUGGGUGUUAAUGGAAGGUCAAGACCCGGCAAGGGAAGAACCGGCAUGAGCGAAGAAAACAGCCCAGAAGGCCACACGGGCUCGGCAAAUGCAGAAUUGUAUAGCGAUCCACCAUCAACCACUUCAAAAGAAUCAAUCUAAAACAAUGCCACUCCCUUUUUGUUGGCACUAACCCUUUAUGGAAUGAGGUAUGAGGGCAUAUGGACUUUAUUGUCCCCCCAAAUUUCUUUCAUGUAUAUCUAUCUAUGUAUCUAUCAAUCAAUCAGGGUUGGUCGAGGAAAAGCGGGGAAAAAAGGAAGAAAAUAUUUGUACACUUCACAGUUCUCUAGCUAUUUCUUUGCCAAAAGACCUGAAAUCUAUGAGGGACUUCUACUGAUGAGAUGCCUAGGAGCCACAAUUCAGCUUCAAAAGUUUUGGAGAUUUUAAAAGUACUAAUUGCUUAUAUAUAUGUAAAUGUAUGUAUGUGCAUGUACAAGAGAAGCUAGAGGGCAUUGUUUUUCUUUUGUUCCCUGUCAUUUAUUUGCAAUCUGAAUAUACAUUUUGCUUUGCUGGUCGU